AUGUUGUCGCUCCCUCAUGCCAAUGGGCACUCACUUUGCAUGGAAAAAUUUGCACAUACCUCUAGCAUAGCAACUAUUCCCCGAUCAGCCACUCUUCGUUGGGGUCGUGAGAAAGGAACAGGAGAACGGGGGAAAUAUCCGAUUGUUCAGGUGAAAAACAUUGUCGCUUUUCCUGGGGUUCCGCGAUUUUGCGAGCUGGCUUUCGACAAUAUUGAGGAAGAACUCUUCCCAUCCACCGAGUUUCGUCCGAUAUUCAGGGAGACAAUUUACGCGAAUAAAUCUGAAUUCGAAUUUUCAGAUGAACUAACAAAGACUGCCGAUAAUUUCGAAGGACGAGUGGAAAUUGGAAGUUAUCCCGAUUUUAAUAACAAUUAUUAUAAAACGAAGUUGAUCGUGGAAAGUGAAAACGAAGAAGACGGGGCAAAAGCGGUGGAAGAACUGAAGAAAAUUAUCGCAGAAAAUCUCGUCUACUACGAUGCAAAGCCUUGGCUGAAUACCGUACAGAAAUGGAAUGCUUUUCGUGAACGCAAGCUCGUAUCAAAUCCAAAUUUUGUCGCAAAAAUGUAUAACAUUGUUGUUAUGGAAUUACCGGGACCUCUCAUAAUUGGAGUGAGCUCAUUGAAAGAACAACGGCCACAAAUUGUGCCCGUUUUGAUGGGAAGUCGUGCAAGUGAUCCGAAUGGAAAAUAUAUGAAAUCUAAAGUUGAGUGGACUGAUUCGGAUUGGCCUCGAGUACUUCGUGUGUGCCCGAUUCUUCCGUGGAGCUAUCAAGAUGUUUGGAUGAUGUUGAGAGGUCUUUGUGUUCACUAUUGUCAACUGUACGACCAGGGUUACACAUCAUUAGGCGGUCGAGAGACAACAGUUCCAAAUGAGAUGUUGCGAAUAGAAAGUAGCGGAAACAUAAGAUACUGCCCAGCUUAUGCACUCAACGAUGGGAAUGAAGAAAGAAAAGGACGCAAAAAUAAA